CGAAAUCUAUCUGUGUGAAUUUGCGGGAGCCGUUAAACCCUAGAAAGCACCACCGGCGAAGAAGAAGAAGGAGAGAUGUCGUCGGAUAAGAAAGACCACAAUUCAGAUUCCGACUCCGAUGGCCCACCUGAGGAAUUCACCCAGGAGCAGGCGAAGGUGGAAGAUGCAGCUUUGAGGAGAAUACAGAGAGAGAACAAAGCUAGGGUUGCCCGGGAAAAGAAAGAGAGUCGAAGGCAUUUGUUAGAGAAGAUAACGCCAAAGAAGUCACGAAAGAUUGAAACUUUCGAAGAAGAGGAGGCCGAGGAAGAAGAAGACCCUGAAGCUCUUGCAAACAAGGGUUUCCUUUCCAGAAACAUCAUUGACUUUCUUGCUCAGCGGGAGAAGCAGAAAAACGGUUCUGAUUCUGAACAAGAGGAGGCAAACAAACAACACCCAAGAAAGAAAAAGCAAAAGAGCUCAGGUAUUGAAACGGUUCUUUACAAGGAGAUUCCACCACCGGAAUGCUUGAAAACCGGGUUAGCUUUCUUGAAGAAGCGUAAAGCACAAGUCCCUAGAUCUUCUUCAAUCCUCAACAACUCUAGCCAAGCUCUCCGACUCAUCACCGGUGCUGCUUCAGCCAAGAAACAGCGUCAGAAAAAAUGAUAACUCUUUAAAAGAUUCAAAAUCCUUGUUGGCUUCAAUGCCAUUACAUUUUUUUUUGUUUUGGUUAAGACAUUAAACCAGUUUGCUACUUAAGUUCUACUACAUGUAUUAGAUGUUUUACUAUAAAAAAAAUUCCAUAUA